GUGAGCUCAGCGGGGAACGGGAGGGAAUAUACGAGCUUCACCCGCAGUAAUAAGAACUCCCUAACGAUUUGUAUUUGUCGUUAUUGUAGCCGACGACGGAAAACAUUCAACACUGGUGCAAGUGGAAAUUUAAAGACCCUUUCAUACUUUGCCUAACAUUUGCUGCAAUGCCUCUGGUUGUUCUCAGCUGACCUCUCUCCGUGGGAACCAUGAUGUCACAAAGGACGACCGGAGACCUGCCCGAUGAACGUGGCUCACUCCCACUUGACAUUGAUGAUGUCCACAUACUACUGCAAGUUGAGCAGGAGCAAAUUCAGAAAAGAACCUUCACGAACUGGAUCAAUGCCCAGCUGUCUAAGAGGAGUCCUCCAGUUACAGUGGUGGAUCUUUUCAAUGAAUUCAGAGAUGGAAGCCGACUACUGGACUUGCUGGAGGUGUUGAGUGGUCAGAGAAUGAGCCGAGAAAAAAGAAGAGGGAUUUUUCAGCACAGAACAAACAUUGAGAAAGGUCUAGAGUUCCUUAAGAAGAAAUCGAUCAAACUGGUCAACAUCAAUGUCUCGGACAUCAUGGAUGGGAAGCCUUCCAUCAUUCUGGGUCUCGUCUGGACAAUCAUCAUGCACAUUCAUAUCGAAGAGUUGGCCAGCACACUGAACUUUAGUUCUCGUCAGUCGUCUCUGGAGUCACUGGCGAGUUUAGACACGCGUUCGACCAGCAGCAGUGCCCGCAGCAGUCCGGUGCCACCCCGUGGUUCUCCCCUGCACACCCGUUUCCGCGUAUCUGCCAAGAAAGCCCUGCUGCUGUGGGUCAGAGAGCAGUGUCAAAAGGCUGGUUGUACUCUGAAUGUGAAGGACUUUAAAGUGAGCUGGAGAAGUGGUGUAGUGUUUUUGGCGAUACUUCAUGCUCUGAGACCGAAUAUAGUGGACCUAACCAGAGCCCGAACAAGAACCAACAGACAGAACCUGGAGGAAGCCUUCCACACUGCUGAAAGAGAACUUCACAUCCCCAGACUACUAGAUCCAGCUGAUGUUGAUGUUAGGGAUCCUGAUGAAAAGUCUAUUAUUACAUAUGUUGCUCAGUUCCUGCAGUACUCUAAAGAUGCUUCUGUUUCUGAUGAGGAAAUGCAGUAUCUCACUCCUCCUCAGCGCCUCUCUCCUGUCAAUCUGCCAUCAGACUUUACUCCUUCUAUAGCUGCAUCACCUUUAAGACAGACCUCAGCCAAUCAGAAGGCUCAGGAGGUCACAUGCUGGUUGGAUCAGGCCUAUCAGGAGCUUAUAGAGGGGUGGGACUCCACUGAAGGAGAGAGCUAUGCUGAGAGAUACCAAGUCUUCCACACCUUCAUUGUGUCCUUUAACGAGCAGCGGCGGCCUGUAAUGCCAUUACUAACAGCGAUGAAGAGGACUCCUCAUCUUAGUGCAGAGCAGAAAGCUCUUAGACGAGCCUGGGAUGCUCUUGCUGAGAAGCUACGUGAGUAUAAAACAGAGCUGGACCUGAGCCUUCCAUCCCCACUGGAGACUGUAGGCCGCUGGUUAUUGCGUAUUGAAGAGGUUUUAUCUGCUGAAGAAGGCGAGCCAAUAGAUCAUGCCCGAGCUGCGGAGGAGGCUCGGGAGAAACUUGAGCUACUAAAGGUGUGUUUGGAGGAGAUGCCUUAUCAUAUCAAGAGGUUUAAUAUGUUUCAAAACACAAAUGAGUUUGGAGAGGCUCUGGUGCCAGCGGACAAGAUGGAAGAGAUGAAGAGAAGGUUCACCAGUGUCCGUGUAACAGCUAAAUAUCAUGGUAUUAAGCUGGAGUACCGUGAGCGCAGACACACAGUGUUAGACCUGCUGAAUCAACUCAACAUUAAACUGCGAUCUUGGAAAAGAGCCUACAUUUCGCAGGAGGCUGUUCGUGUGCUAAUGCAGGACUGGAACGAGACUGUGAACAAACAGGAACUGACUUCUUUGCUGGAUGGAGCCCUCCAUAGACUCAAACUAAUCGCCAACAAAUACACCAGCAAGGCUGCCUUGGCUGGAGACUCGACUCAGGUGAAUCGUCAGGUGGCUGAUCUGGAAGCAGAUGUGAUAGCGACUCUGGAGGGUGUACGGAUGGUGAGGGGAACUAUGGGACGCGUGUUGGCAGCUUGGGACUCUUACAGUGAUAUCUACAGCUCAAUGCGAGCUUGGCUGGAGCAGGGUCCACAUGCCCAGCGACAUGGACAGAGUACAGAGGUGACAUUAUCAGUUAUGUCAGAGUGGAGUUCGCGCCAAGCUCACCUGAAUGAGGUGGCCAACUACUUGACAGAGGUCACAGACCCACAUACAAGCCGUGCUAUUUCAGACGAGCUCUGCAAGAUAAAUCUGCUCUGGGCUGACUUUGCCAAAACAGCCCAGUUUUCUUUAACAGAGGAGCCCAGUGCUGGCCCAUCCAGUCCUCAGACAGUUCAGUCUCUGAUAAGGGAGGCCACUCAGUUACUUAAAGAACCUGUGGAGGUCGUUUCUGGAUCACUACGUACUUACACGAAGAGACUACAGCUUAUGAUGAAGAAAAUAAAGGAUGUGGAUCUAGAAGCCCUCUUGCCUUCUCUAGACUGCUCUCCAGAUACCCUGAGCAAACUUCAGCAAGCCAUUCCUGAAGUCCUACAGACACUCUGUGAGGCUGAGCAGGUGUGUGAUGAGCUGCGCGUCAGUGUGAGUGGGCUGGACGGGCGUCUAGCUGAACUUUUACACUGGGAGAUGGAAGCCAGAGAGCUCCAUCAGCUACUUAAGGAGGAAACACACAGGCAGAAGAGAGGACAAGAUCCCAGAGCACGGCUGUUGAUAUCUAGGGGUUUACAGUUAGAGGGUCAGGUGGUUAUGGAGGAACAGGAUCUGCAGGUGAUGGUCAUGACUAAUCAAAAGACUUCACCACUGCAGUACCUCAUUGCAUCCACCAUGCAGGACAGAGUACGCACUGCUGUUGAAAAGUCACAGGAAGCCGUAGGGAUGCUUAGCUCUUUGGGGUCUUGCAGAGACCGAAGCCCAGUUAGAGACCAGCCCCCUUCCAAGAUCUUUGUCCAAUAUCAGGAGACAGAGGAAGAGUCCCAAAAACCCUCCUUCCAACCUGUGUCUCCACCAGGAGCCCCUGGCCAACCAGAACCUCAGCCUGCAGUCAGGGCCAAAGUCCCAAAACAAUCUCAAAUACUCUCAGUGGAAUCUUCUAAAGCAGUAGACCUCAAGACCCAGCAAUGUAGUCAGCCUGUGCCAAUGAUUAUUGUGCAAGAGUAUGAAGAGGAGAAAAGUAGUCCACAAUCACAAAUGCAUCCCUCUGUGCAUGUGAAAGACUCUCAGUCCAUUGAAGUUAAGUCAGAGAAAGUUGUCCAGGCUCAAACAAAAAUCGACAAAGAGCAUCAUGUAGAAAGCCAGGAAUCUUUACCACAGUCUGUGACACAACAAAAGACAGUAAAAGGUUCAGUAGCUGUCCAACCCUCACAGAACCUGCAACAAGCAGAGUCACAAGUACAUAAUAAACAACAAUUAGCAACACAGCCACAUGUGCACAUUCAUCAACAAGAGACAACUCAGUUUGCAAAGCAGCAGAGGGUUCAACCACAAGGAUCAAUCCAGCCACAGCCUCAGGGCCAACUAGAAACACAAACACAGCAAGCUCCAAAGCAGCAGAGGAAAGUAAAGAAGUCCCAGGCACAUAUGCAGAACAGACCUUGGCUUCAACAGAGGAGUCAACCGGAAAAUGUUACCGAAAAAGCUAAGCCACAGUUGGGCCCACUAUCUCAGUCGGAGCCUGAGGACAAAUGUCAAAUAAGUUCUCAAUCACCACCACCGCGUAUAGUAGCCGUUAGCUCACCUGAGACCCAGGGACAUGCUCGAGGCACAGCACAAUCAAAAAGCAUUGUUAAGAGUGUUGAGAAACACCUGAAGCCAGCUCAGUCUGUUGCACAAGAGAAACCUCUUGUAGGGACACAAAACCUACCUCAAACUGUGCCAGCAGUUUCAGCACAACCAGUGACUAAAACACAACCACAACAGCCAGUGACUGUUCUGAUUCAUCAACAAGUAUUUCCCCAACCUCAGCCCUCUUUAUCAACUCAAGCUCAAACAACUACACAACAAACACUAGCACCCAUUAAGCACCAAAAGCAACCUCAAACACAGAUAGGGACACCACAGCAACCUCAAGUGAUGAUCCAGAAACAGGCACAAUCUCAAUCCAUGACUCCCAUGCAACCACAGGUUAUGGCCCAAUGGCAGCCACAACAGACUACUGCUCAGCCUCAUCCUGCAGGGCCACAACCACAAAGAUUUCCAGUGGCCCAAACAAUGCCCCGAAUGCCAGUCCAACAGUACCCAACAUCUCCCAUUCAACCAGAAAUAACAAUGCAGAGACAACAGUCUCAGUCCCAGCAACCCAUAAUGCACAAUCCGACUCUAAUUACCCCUCAAUCCAAAGGUGCAUCCCCCAUACAACCCAGAAUCAUCUCUAUGCCUCAACCCCAGAUGCCCGUUCAAUCUCAAACCCAAACUCAGGUCAAAGCACCGGGAAGUGUACCGCUUGGGAUUCAACCUCAUGGGCAACCCCAGUGGAGUCAGCCAGGAGAUGUCACCCAAACGUACCCCAGAGUGCAAGGAACAGUUUCUGUUGCUGCCCAAAUGCAGCCACUGGCCCAUUUCCAAACUCAUCCCCAACCCCCAAGUAUCCCUCCAACUCAGCCUCAGCAGUGGUCAUCAAUAAAACCAGGAAUAGUGAGCCAUACAUACCCCACUGUCCAAGCUCCAGAUCAGGUAGUUCAACCUCAGCUUCAAAUGGCAGUUUACCCUAAAAUCCAGCUGCAGUCGCAGCCUCAGCAGUGGCCCUCUGCUAGACCUGAAUUACCUUGGGGUCAAUCACAGAUAAGACCUCAAGGUCCAGCUCAGCAUAUAGUUCCCUCUCAGCAAUGGAGACCUAUCAGUCCAGAAAGGGUCAGUCCAGUAUACCCAAGAGCUGAAACCCAAGGGCCCAAGGGACCACAUCAUCAGACCCAAUAUCAAGCUCUUCCAAGGCCAGCAAGCCCUCAACGUCAGUGGAGUCCAGUCCGACCCGAACAUCCGUUUCAAGUUUCUUCCCAGACUAUGUUCCAUGGUGCUCCCCAGCCAGUAGCUCCAUGGAAUCAACCACCUUCUCAAACUCUCAUAAGACCUCAGAGUCUACAACAGCCUAAGCAAAGUCAGCAAAAGUGGAGUUCAUCCAGGACAGAGGCCCCAUCUGCAACCCUCAUCCAAAGUCAAGUUGCCCAGGCAGAGCUUCAGUCCCAAGAUCUGACAAACCUGCAGUUACCAGUACAGGAACCACCCCAACAGCAGUCAGCUCCUCGGGUUAAGCAACCAGCACUUGCCCAAGCUCCCCCUCAAGCCUACACUGAAGCUUAUAUAAAGGCACAAGCCCUAGUUAGGGAUAGAUUUGAAGAAGCCAAGCACUGUCUUCAAGAACACAUUAUGGAAGCUAUCAGUGUAUUUAAGGACAAGAGAAUAAUGGACGAACAGGCAUCAGUUAAGGAGGAGACACUUCGAACUCUUGACCCUGAACUUCUUGAAGAGUUCUUGAGGGCUGCGGAAGGGAUGGAAGCUUUCUGCACCCCAUCUGAACUUAGAGACAUGGAGUUUUUCACACAAUCUGUUAGAACACAGUGGAAGGCUUGUUUGUCUGCAGAAGGCAGUCUGGCAGAGGCAGGACAGCAGCUAGAAGCUCUGAAGGAGUUGUGUGAUACUCUGAGCCCUGAGGACGCACACAGGCUUGCACAAGCCCAACUUAGAGAAUGUGAGAGACGGCUUGCUGCCAUCCAGCGGCAGUUCAGUGGAGACACAGAUACACCUCCUUCAGACACUAGUUUACAAACAGAGCAAACAAAAGAGCCACCCAAUCAAAAAGCAUCAACAGUCCCAUCACCACUUGAGAAGCCCAAAGAGGUUAUUGUUUCAGAGGCUGUUACACCGGUUAGUUUACAAACCGAGCAAACAAAAGAGCCACCCAAUCAAAAAGCAUCAACAGUCCCACCACCACUUGAGAAGACCAAAGAGGUUAUUGUUUCAGAGGCUGUUACACCGGUUAGCCCCCAGCAACUGAGAACUGUGGAGAAGAGAGAGAUAGUGAAACAAACAAGUACAGAAGAGGACAGGUACCGCAGCUCCAGAUUUGCCUUACAGGCUCAGCUAAACAGAAAUGAGCAAUGCAUGCUUGGAGAUCGUACCUCAGAAUCAGUCACUCCCACAGACCUGCAGAAACGACUGAGAGAAUUAAAGUCUCUGUGGGAUGAGACAGAGUCUCUGUGGAAGGAGUAUGAAGCGCUGUGUAUGCAAUGUGUUCAGUACAAUGAACGAGCUGUUGAGCAGGACCGUGUGGAGCUCACUGUCAGGUGGAGAGAGCAGAGGUCACAGUUACAGGGCAGGGUGGAUUCACUGGGAGCGGCACUUGAGCUUAUGGACUCUAUUAAGCUGAAGAUCUCUGAGAUUUCUAAAAGGCUGGAAAAUUUCAUCAAAGAACCCAAAGACAUUAAGGGAUAUACACUAGCUAACCCUGGCAUUUUGAGAGAUGUGAAGGACUUAGAUGAAAGUAUCCAGACAGAGAUGGAUCGUCUGUCUCGAUUCGACUCUGAGCCCAGUCAUCUAGACUUGCGUGACCGAUCACCUCUGACCCAGGUGGUUCUGAACCACAGAUCCAGCCUGGACCAGCUCAGGCAACAAGUGCGCAAGAGUGACGCCGCUGCCCGUGCCCUUGACCGCUUCCUUAUGUCCCUGCGCACUGUGGAACUCGAUGUCUCUUCUGUGCAAAGCGCCCCCAGCAAUGAUGCUGCUGUACUGCAGGACAGCAGGUCCAAGCUGGCACUAAUCAGAAAAGGAGUCAGCAGUCUCAAGGAUAAGGCUCCACAGCUGGACCAGCUUUUGGGUGGAGCACAGCUCAAAGUGACCCAGGACGGGAGCCCUGUUUCCUGUCUGGACAUGGUGGGGGUACUGGUUCACAGGGUGGAAGAGGCAGACGAUCAACUGAUGAUUCGACAGAAUGAGCUCCAGAAGGAACAGCAGAACCAAAGCCUCGGCUUAAGGAGGAAGACUAUCCAGGCUGAGUUAAGGAAGGUGUUGGCGGCAGCAGAAAAACAGGGUCUAAAGGACCCCACUAUGCCAGCUGUGCAACAUCGGAUGCGAGCACUGUCCGAUGUAGAAUUGCAACUGAACUCUCUUCGCCCUGAAUACCAAAACAUCAAGAAGGCUCUGUCUGAAGUCUCUCCACAGAAAGAGCACCCUCAUCCAGCAAACGAAGAACUUGAUUUCCUUUGGGAAGAGACUGAAAGAGCCGUAUCUGACAGACAAGAGCAGUGCACUGUUCUUAUGGAACUCCUGAAGAAAUUUCAGAACUGUCGCAGUUACCUAGGCAACACUCUCCAGAGGGCGGAGCAAACAAUCAAUGAGCAGGCUUCAUACAUGGGCAAAGACAACUUACAGCGACUCCUUGCAAAAGUGGUUGGCAUAAAGGAGGAACUUAAUUGCCUCGGACCCAAGAUGGAGGAGUUCAGAUCUGUGUGCAGACAGUUGCAGUCCCAGCUCAAGAAAAUUCCUGAUUGCUCAGAAACUCCAUUUGAGACAGAGGCAGAUGCUUUGGUGGACUCGUGGCUGGAUGUGUCAGAGAAGACAGACGGUUACAUGGACAGCCUGCGCGUGGGUCUGGAGUUGUGGGAGAAACAGCUGGUUCUGGGUGGAGAAGUGGACAGCUGGACUUCUACUAAACUCAUUAUCUUCUCAGAGUCUCACCCUUUCAGCAGUGAAUCGGAGGUUGACAGCAUGAAGAAUGAGAUUCAGUGCCAGGAGGACAACCUUGAACACUUCCACAGGAAGUUACUGGAGAUCCAGGAACUGCUGCAGAGCAAAGAAUCUCCUCUUGAGUUACAGGUAAUGGAAACCAACCUGAGGAAGAAAAUGGAGCAGGUGAAGGAACUCUUCUCUGACUGCACUGAAGUCUUCCAGGAGCUCCUCACAGUUAAAGCUCAUAUGAUAGAAAAGAUUGACACUUACCAAUCAUCUGUGAAGAAUAUACGCUCCUCAUUAGACAUGAUCAGUUCAGAGGAUCGCGCAGAACUGGAUGCGCAUUUACAGGACUUGUGUGAGCAGCUUUUGGAACAGGAGGAGCAGGCUGAUACUCUGCUGAAGGAAAUCAAUCUCAUGUCCAGCAUUACUGGACCGCAGGCCUUGGAGGAGCUGACCAAUCAUAGUAAGCAUCUCAAAGACAGCAUUGCGGAAACACGGGAGCUGAUUCGCCACAAGAAGGAUCAAGGGGAGAAAAGCUUUCUUCAGACUAUUAAAGAAGAAUUUCAGUCAUUUGAGGAAUGGUUGCAAGAUGAGCAGCUCUCUGUGAAUGAGUGCUUUGAGAACCCUGAGAGUAAGCAGGAUAUAGAAACGUCCACGCAGAGACUGACAAGUUUCCUGGCCUCUAAGGAAGGAGAACAGCGUCUGGCUCAGUUGAAGGAGAGGUUUGAGCAAGGGGGACAGGCAAAGCUCCCAGCGGAGGCUCAAGCUUUGCUCUCCACAUGGCAUCAGGAACAGGAAGGAGAACUGGCCACGCUCAGGGCUCACUGCCAAGGACGCCAUAAACAGCUAGAUGAUAUCCUCCACAACCUCAACAGUUUGCAUGAGGAACAUAACCAUUUGAAGGACUGGCUGCAGCAGAGAGAGCAAGUGCCAGAACAGAGAGAAAAACUGAGGCAAAUCCAAGAGGAUUUUCUUAAAGAAAGCGGUCGUGUGGAGGCAUUCAAUAACCUGUUAUCUGCUGUAAGGAUGCGUGGCUUGAGGGGAGACCCUCUCCUUAGAGACAGCGAGACCCUGAUAGACAGAUACCACAGCCUGGGGAUUCUAUUGGAGAAUCAGGCACAAGUCCUCAAGACCCUUGAUGAUCAAAUUGAAACAUUCCAAACCAAUGCAGAACAGAUCAGAGCCUGGAUCAGAAAUUUAAAGCAAGGACUUGAGUACCUGGGGACAGACACGCCAAUGCAGGACAAACAUGUAAAUGCUCAGGCUGUUCUUAAUCUAAGUCCUGAGAGUGAUGCUAAACUCGUGGCUCUGAAAGAAGAGGGUGAUGCUUUAUGUGCUCAUGAGAUUUUGGAGGACACCGGAAGACAGGAGCUCAGUCACACCCUCGGAAACAUUGAAGAUGAGUGGAAAAGAGUUCUGGAUAUGGCUCAGCAGCUAAAACAUCAAGCAGAACUCCAAGACACUCUCUGUAGAGAACUAGAGGAUCUACAGGCCCAGGAAGAGAGCAUCCAGUCCUGGGUGAGAGAACAACUGCAAACGCUUCGCUCUUUGGGGAAGGACCUUCAGCCACAUGAGAAACUUAAUAAAGUCCAGGCUGUUUUAGACCUUGGUGAUGAAGCCAAUUCCAGAUUGGCCAGUUUACAGAGACAAGGACAACAUUUAUGCUCUUAUAAAGAGCUUGAGAAUGAGAGGAGGAGCCAGGUUGAACAAGCCCGGAGAGCAGUAGAGGAGGAGUGGAGGAAAGUGCUACAACUUGCCCAGGAGCUCAAGAACCAGGUCAAGCAUGAGGAAUCUCUUUACAGAGAGUUACAAACUUUCUGUGAUCAGGGAGAGGACACUCGCUCCUGGAUUAGGCAUCUGAGAGAGACCCUGGAUUCUCUUCUUGUGACAUCUUCCUUUCAAGAGAGGCUUAAUGGAGCUGAGGCACUACUAGCUCAUAGAUCUGAGUGGGACGAUAAACUUUCUAACUUAAAGACAAAGGGAGAGAAUCUAUGUUCUUGUGACGAUCUAGAUGAGGACAAACGUCAGACAAUUCAACACACAUUACAAGAUGUACAGCAAGAGUGGAUGGGAGUUUUGAUGCAGACUCAGGAACUGAAGAACCAAACAGAACUUGAGCGGUCUCUUUCUGAGGAUCUUCAGGAUCUUCAAGAACAGGAGGAGAGCACACACUCUUGGCUUACAGAGCAGUAUAUGAAGAUCAAAUUGCUUGGGGAAGAGACUCAGUUACAAGAGAGAAUGAAUGGAGCCCAGGUCAUCCUGAACUCAGAAUCAGAGGGGGAUUACAAGCUAACCAACCUGAGGAGGAAAGCAGAGGGUUUGUGCUCUCGAGAAGGCCUGGAAGAAAAAAGAAAAAAGGAAAUCCAGCUGAACCUGAGAUCAAUUGAACAAGAAUGGAAGAAGGUCCUGGCAAGUGCUCAAGAGUUAAAGAACCAGGCUGAGCUCCAGGAUUCUCUUGCAAGGGAGCUUCAGAAUGUCUGUACCCAAGAGGAGAGCACCUGGACCUGGGUGAAGAAUCAGAAAGAUUGCCUGGACUCACUAGGGAAAAGUACUCAUGGUACACAGGAGCAGACUGAAGAGAGACUAAGCAAAACACAAGCUAUUCUAAGUAUGCAGUCUGAGGGCAACUCUAAGAUUGCAGCCCUGAAACAGACAGUAGACCAUCUUUGUAACCAUGAAGAUCUUGAUGAAGAUGCAAGACAUUCUCUCAUUAAGAAAAUACAAAAUAUAGAAGAGGAGUGGAAGACAACACUGCAGCAAGCACAGGAGCUGCAUAGUCUGCUGAAAAGUGUAGUGGAACGUCUGGUGUCCUGUCAGUGUCAGAAGGAACAGCUUCAGUCUCAUCUGGAUCAGGUGAAACGGCAGACUGCUGCACUGCCGCGGCACUUCCCCUGGCCUGGUUUAGGGGAUCGAAGGCACACAUUGGAGCAAGCCAAGAGUCUGCUAGACCGUACCAGAGCACUGACCCCAUCUCUGUCUGCUGUCCGAGCGCUCGGGAGGGAGAUGAGCCAGCUGACCCAUGAUUCCAGCUGGAUUGAUCCAUCCUGGGCCACCACAGAGGAGUGCAUACCUGAGUUAAUCAAAGAUCUUACGGAGUUUUGUGUAAAUCUCGAAGAGGAAAUCCGGAAAGAGCGAGUCUGUGCUCAGUUAGUUGAGCAGCACACUGUAGCGCAGGAUUGGCUGAGAGAGCAAGUCAAAGGUUUCGGUGCUCUGCCCACUGAACGUCAUGGGUUACAAAGCUCUGUUAACACUCUUAAGGCUCUUCUUCAGACCAUAGACAGGGAGAAGAAAGAAAUGAAAGAACUGGAUACUGUUAAAGAUUCCUUGAUGGAUCUUUGCACUCCAGGAGGUUGUGAUGCCCUGACCUUAGAGGUCAGCCAUCUUCAUGACCUCUGUGUGUCCUCGGAGAAAGAGAUGAGGGAACGGUUAUCUGUGUGUGAGGCCAGAUUGAGUGACAUCGACCUCAGGAUUGCUGGGAGGGCACAGAUUCUCAGGGAGCAAGCAGAGAGUCUCCUAGAUGAGCUGCAUGCUCAGGACCACUCUUUAGGAUUCCUGGUGGAUAGCCAGAAUAUCAGCCAGCUACAGGAGAACUGGCAUAGCUUCAAGACAUGUGAGAGAGAGCUUGAGUCUUUAGAGGGCAAAGUUUAUGACCUUGGCCAGGCCCUCCAAAUGGUCCCACCAGAUGAGGGACCCCCCAGUCAUGUCAUUUCUAUAGUGGACACAGUUACACAACAAUAUUGCAGUCUGCGGUCGAAACUGUUGGAAAAGCAGAAUGACUGCGCAGACAGCACUGUGCAGUGUGUGAGACAGGCCUUACAAAACAUACAGUCAUGGAACCAGACACAUGCAAAUCCUCCCUGCAGCUCAGCCACAUCCAUGCAGGCUGCAAUUGAGGAAGGUGUGAGACUGUGUAAAAGCCUGCAGGUAGCGCUGUCCCAUAAAGAACUGCUGAGGGAAUGUCUGGGCCCUGACUUGGCUGGCAAACUUGAAAGAGACGGAACAAAAGCACUAAACGAAGCAGACAUUCACAUGAAUGACCUUAAACAGGAGCUUAAAAAUGUGGAGGAGAACAUAAAGCAGGAAGCUCAAAAGUUGCCACUGGAAGCUCAAAGCAUUCAGCUGGAUUCACAGGUUUCUGGUGCGACACCAUCAACAAAGGAGUCAGAACAGUCAGAAUUUGUUUCUUCUUCAUCGUUUAUCAUGGAGCACUGUGAAAUGAUAGAUGACAGUGAGCAGGCUAAGGUACAGCCAUCUGAAAACCUUGACAGCGAUAUCCCUCUAUGUGUAAUCUCAGAUACUACAAAUGAAACAGAAAUUCAUACUGCAAGAAAAUCACUACAAACAUUAGAGACUGAAACUGAACAGACCGAUUUCCAAACAACUGUACUAUUAACCACAGAGAUGCUACCUCAACCAGCAUCAGGAGUGUGUGAAUCAGCUCUUCCUAUAAGCAGACAUGGUGCAAAUGAAACUGUGGAAACUUUGGAAACAAAGUCUGAUAAUGAUGAGAUAGCAGAUGAAAAGAUGUCCAUUUCCUCAUCUGCAGCCGUCCACAGCUUGGAAACCACAGUACAAGACACAGACUUGGAAUUACAAAGCACUGAGAAUCUUAGCACAGAAGGACAAGUAAGCCAUUUGUCUGAUGUAGUUGUGAGUUCAGAAUCUUUUGCUGAUAGAGUGGAGGGUGAGAAAAUUAAAGCAGUGACUGCAGAACCAGAUAAAGAGGAAGAGGUCUCAUAUAUUUCACUUUCUCAAGAGGAACCUCGUGGAGAAGGUGAAGCACAAACCAAAAAGGUUACUGCACUCAUUUUAGAUUUGGAUACAGUGCACAUAGAUAAUGUAGACACAUACUCCCACACACCCACAAAUGGUGCUACAGUGAAAGUAGCCUUUGCUAGUGCUCUAUUAAAUGAGACGACAGUGGGCAAACAAGAUCAUGAAACACUCGCCCCUCCAGAAGCUGACAUUUCUGAAGUAGCCUUAGAAUCAAUUAGCAUCCCAUCUUCUCUUAACGAGCCAAGUAUGGUGAAUGUUUCAGAAAUUAGUUCAGCAGUAGAACCAGAACAGUCACAGCUCAUUGAUAUAGACACUAAUGGACAAAAGCAAACAACAGCAGCUCCACCUUCUGAAACACAAGGUACUGAAGAUGCUGCUUCCAGACGUAUUGGAACAUUUUCUUGGGACAAUGGACAAAAUGCCGCAAUCGCUGACAGAGAGAGCAACUGGCCUACAAAUAAUGGCCCUCAUGAAAUCCAACGCCGAUUUAUUAUUCUAGACUUCCCUGAGGGGGAGGAAAUGCAGAGACAUCAUGCUAAUGAAGCUUCUCUUUUCAGGGAACCCACUGAAACACAGAUUCAGGGAUUAGAAUGUUCAGUGUCAGAAAGAAUGGAGACAGAAUGUGAUGCUAAAACAGAAUCAGAGGUCAUAGCUAGUUCAAUCAGACCUUUAGAAGCAUCUGAGAAAUCUGAACUGGUUGAAGCAAGCCUUAAACUACCAACAAGGCAAGUUGGAGAAGUCAUGCAUUUCAUUGUAGAAGAAGAGACAAAGAAGAUGCCAUCAGGUGAUAAAAUGCAAUUCAUAGAACUUGAUCCUAAAUGUAAAUCUCCAAUCAAGCAACAAAUUGAGGUAGAAACUGAGGUCCAACAAACAAACAAAGUGCAUGUCUCAACAACAGCAGAGGAGAAACCUGAAGGUGAAGAAGCCAUUGACGUCAUUUUGGGAGAAGAGACAAAGACCCAAUCAGGGGGUGAAGCACAAUCUGAAGAAAUUGAACCUGGACUGACACCUCCAAUCAAGCUCCUGGUUGACUGGGACACUGAGGUACAACCUAAAAUAGUUAAUGUCUCAUUAACACCGGAGGAGAAACCUGAAGUUGUAGAAGCCACUGAUGUGAUUGUAGAAGUAGAGAUGAACAAGACCCCACCAGGUGAAAAAGCACAAUUCAUGGAAUCUGAACCUAAAUUGACACCACCUGUAAGGGGAAAUGACAAUAAAACUGAUGUCCAUCCAAACAAAAUAAAUGUCUCAUCACAAAAAGAGAACACUGAAGGUGAAGAAUCUGUGGAUGUCAAUAUAGAAGAGGAGACAAAGACAACAUCAUCAGAUAAUAAAGCACAAUUAGCUGAACCUGAACUGACACCAUCAAUCAAACAAAAGACUGACCAAAAAACUGAGGUCCAGUCAGAAAAGGUGGAUGUAAUACCAGACGAGAAAACUGAAUGUGAAGAUGCCUUGCCUGCCAUUGAUGAAUGGAAUGACUGGGACACUGAGGUACAUUCUGAAAAAAUUAAUGUUUCACUGACACCAGUGGAAAAUCAUGAAGUUGCAGACACUGCAGAUGUCAUUGUAGAAGAAGAGACAAACAUAGAAGCUGUACCUAAACUGACACUACCAGUCAGGCAAAGAAACAAAAAUAAGUUUGAUGUCCAAUCAAACAAGGUGAAUAUCUCAACAACAUCAGAGAAGACACCUGAAGGUACAGAGGUUAUUACUCUCACUGUGGAAAAUGAGAUGAAGAUGACACCAUCAGAUGAUAAAGCACAAUCCCUAGAAGAGGAAACUUUACUGACACUACCAGUAAGGCAACAAAAUGAGGGUGAAACUGAUGUCCAAUCAAACCAGGUAAAACUGUCAACAACAUCAGAGGAAAAACAUGGGGAUACCAUGCAUAUCUCUGAGGAGGAAAGGACAAAAAGGACUUUGGUUGGUGAAAUGCAGUUCAUAGAAGCUGAGCCUAAACCAAUGCCACCAGUCAGAAGACAAAAUGAGGGUGAAACUGAUGUCCAAUUAGAUAAGGUCGAUGUUAUACCAACACCUCCCACCAGACAACUUAAAGGUGAAAGGUUAUCAUUAGAUAUUGAAUCACACAUAGAGGGAGAAGUUCCUCUCACCCCACCAAGCAGAAGACGUAGAGAAAAAAUAGGAAUUGAGAGUUUUUCGCUCGAUCUGGAGACCGAUCCCAAACCACCAGUGAGGCAACCUAAAGAAAAAGAAGGUAGUAAACUGUCACUCAAUCUGGAGACCGAACCCACACCACCAGUGAGACGACGUAAAGAAAAAGAAGGCAGUAAACUAUCACUCUAUCUGGAGACCGAACCAACACCACCAGUGAGACGACGUAAAGAAAAAGAAGGUAGUAAACUGUCACUCAAUCUAGAGACCGAACCCGCACCACCAGUGAGACGACAUAAAGAAAAAGAAGGUAGUAAACUGUCACUCAAUCUAGAGACCGAAUCCACACCACCAGUGAGACGAAAUAAAGAAAAAGAAGGUAGUGAACUAUCACCCAAUCUGGAGACCGAGCCCACACCACCAGCGAGAAGACGUAAAGAAAAAGAAGGUAGUGAACUAUCACUCAAUCUGGAGAUCGAACCCACACCACCAGUGAGAAGACGUAAAGAAAAAGAAGGUAGUGAACUAUCACUCAAUCUGGAGAUCGAACCCACACCACCAGUGAGAAGACGUAAAGAAAAAGAAGGUAGUAAACUAUCACUCAAUCUGGACACUGAACCCACACCACCAGUGAGACGACGUAAAGAAAAAGAAGGUAGUAAACUAUCACUCAAUCUGGACACUGAACCCACACCACCAGUGAGACGGCGUAAAGAAAAAGAAGGUAGUAAACUGUCACCCAAUCUAGAGACCGAACCCACACCACCAGUGAGACGACGUAAAGAAAAAGAAGGUAGUAAACUAUCACUCAAUCUGGACACUGAACCCACACCACCAAUGAGACGACGUAAAGAAAAAGAAGGUAGGAAACUAUCACUAGAUCUGGACACCGAACCCACACCACCAGUAAGACGACGUAAAGAAAAAGAAGAAAGUACAUUAUCACUUGAUCUAGAGUCCCAACUCACAUCACCAGCAAGACGAUGUAAAGAAAAAGAAGAUAGUCAAUUAUCACUUGAUCUGGAGACCCAACCAACACCACCAGCAAGACUAUGUAAAGAAAAAGAAGAAAGUACAUUAUUACUUGAUCUAGAGACCCAACCUACACCACCAGCAAGACGACGUAAACAAAAGGAAGAUAGUCAGUUAUCGCUUGACCUGGAGACCCAACCAACACCACCAGCAAGACUAUGUAAAGAAAAAGAGGAAAGUACAUUAUCACUUGAUCUAGAGACCAAACUCACAAGUGAUAGUCAAUUAUCACUUGACCUGGAGAUCCAACCAACACCACCAGCAAGACUAUGUAAAGAAAAAGAAGAAAGUACAUUAUCACUUGAUCUAGAGACCCAACUCACACCACCAGCAAGACUAUGUAAAGAAAAAAAAGAAAAUACAUUAUCACUUGAUCUAGAGACCCAACUCACACCACCAGCAAGACUAUGUAAAGAAAUAGAAGAUACUCAAUUAUCGCUUGAUCUGGAGACCCAACCAACACCACCAGCAAGACAAUGUAAAGGAAAAGGCGAAGAUAAAGGAUUAUCAAUUGAUCUGGAUCCUCAACCAACUCCACCAUUAAGAAGACACAAGGAUAAGCCAGAGAGUGACAUGGUAUUUUACAGUGCUGAAUUAGGAAAAAGUGAUAAUCAGGAAACCAGUGAACAUAAAGACACAGAAGAGCACACUGUUAAACCAACUCCACCUGUCAGCAAAAUUAGUCAGGUUGAAAGUGAUGUGGCAGUUUGCAAAAACCAAGAAGAGAAAGAGGUCUUUGUGAAACCCACACCACCAACAAGAAAGAAAGAUAGCAAAGUUGAGAGCAAAAUUGUUGCAGGUGCUUCUAACCUGAAAGGAGAUACAAGCAUACAUAAACCAACUCCACCUCUAAGGCGAAAGGACAGCCAAGCAGAAACUGAGAUGGCUCCAACCACACCUAAAAGUCAACCUGAGGACAUCCUUCCAACUCCACCAACCAACCGAAAGAAAGAUCAAAUAGAUGCUGACAGAGUUCCAUUAAUGCCAGAAGAGCCACAGGUCAUAUCAACUCCAACAAUCAGCGACAAAGAAAGUUCAUGGCAUGAAAAGGUUUCUAUGUGUGCUAGAGUGGAGUUGAAAGCAGAUGUUGAAGCAAUGACUAAACGGGAAGAAAAAGAUGAGUCUGAUACAAAGUCAUUGGUUGGUCAGGACCAGCAAGAGGAGGAGCAGGACUCUACUUUGGUCCCAGAACCCAUAAGUGCAAUCAGUCAGACAGAGGGUGUCAGUGAGAUGCAGCCACAAGAUCAAGAUGUGGAUGUUUCUCCCCAAUUUGGUCUCGCGGCUGAAAUCACUGAGAGUCAAGCAGAGGAAGAUAAGGAGCCAGAGGGACCCACAAUGAAGGAUAUAUUCAUGGAGAUAAAAAAAAUGACUGAAAAGGGGCAAAAAAGUGUACUCAUGGAGGGAAUACCUCAUGAAAGUACAAAGAAACUUCUUGACACUUCCAGCAAUGAUCUUGAAGCUCGGUUAAAAAGGCUAGUGUUCCAUUUAUUGGACCUUCGAAAUUGCCCAGCUGCUCUGAACUCCAAAGACAUGGCCAAGCAACUAGAGGAGGCUGAGGAAUGUAGAAGGUGUGCCCAGAGACAAGUAUCUAUGCUGUCUAGGCAAGAUCAGGCUAAUGGAGACAUUGGCAGUGGCACUAAUGGCACCGUUUAUGACCCUGAGGGUAUGCAACAGCUGAGCGCCCAGUGGAGUGCAGCUUUGUGGGAUGCAGCAAGCUCUGUUCACUCCAAAGAAGCUCAACUACAGAUGGUUGCAGAUUUCAACAGACAGACCAAGAAAGUUAAAGCUAUUCUGGAGAGACUAAAAAUUGAGCGUGCGGCCCUGAGAUUCUCUCCAGCUGUGAGCAGUUUUGCUGAGGAGGAAAGGCUGCACUCUUUCUUGAGAAAUAUGGAGCAGGAAAGGACAGCUCUCGGUGAGUUAAUUCAGACUCAUGCAAAACUGUCCCCCCACCUCAGUGCGCCUGAGAGACAAGCAGCGGAAAUACAGCAAAACAAUUUGCAAAGCCAGUGGAGGAUGCUGGAGAAGGAUGCGGAGAUUGCUCUUUACAUGGUUAAUGCUCAUGCUAAAGAAAUCAGCAGCCUCAUUCAAGAGGUCAGUGCUUUAAAAGACCAUCUCGAGAACAUUCAGAAGACCUUGGAUGCAUCGAAAUCCUCGCCAGUUUUAUGGGAUGGCAAGAGAGCUCAAGAAAUUAUGAAUUUAAAUGCUGAUCUCACUUCCACCCAUCAACAGUACUUACACAUUCAGCAGACCUCUGAGGCACUUGCCCAGGAAUUCCAAUUCAGUGCAGAGAUAUCCAGCAUAGAGCAGGAUCUUCAGCAUAUAAAAGACCAGCUGAAUCAAAUGAGUGAACAGUUAGCAGCUUCAACCCCUAGCAGCAGCAACUCAACGUUAAGUAAAAUUGUUAAGGUGAUGACAGAUGCUCUGGCUUGGGCCAAGCAGACAGAAUGUGAUGUUGAAGGACGACAGAAAAAGGUGUCUUUGCUUCCAGAAGAAGUCCAUCGACAGAUUAAAGAUUUAAAGAAAUUGCAGUCUGAGAUGAACUUGAAGCAAACCCAGUUGAAGUCUUUGGUUGAGGAAGUCACUGAGCUGAUUUCUGAUCUCGAUGAAGCUGAUGUUCCGAUGGUGACCUCAUCCUUGAAGGUCCUAGAAAAUUUGUCCAAAUCAACUGCAGAAAAACUGGCUGAGGCAGUUCGCGACAUGGAGUCAGGACUUCAGACCCGGGAGAAGAUGUCAGAGCAGAUAGCAGAUGUUGAUUCCUGGGUGGUUGGACAUCUGCAGAGGGAAGCUUUGAGGAGAGAAGAUUAUCAAAGUUUGAGUGUGGCAGACCUGGAUCGCAGGCUGAGGCAGAUCCAGGACACUCUUGGAGAGGCGGAAAAGCAGUCUGCUGUAACUGAAGCCCUUCUGAUGAGAAGCAGAGACAUUGCAUCUGAGCUAAGUGUCUCAGAGAAUACUAAGCUCUAUGAGAAACUCACCAACCUUCAAGAGGACAUCAAAAGGAUUAUUAUCUAUGAGAAGGCAUGUUGCCAGGAAAUUAUAGAUGUUAUCCAGAGCCAAGAAUCGUCUCAGAGGAAGGUGUCAUCUCUAGAGAACAGCCUGAGACAAAUGUUAGUUGAUGUAAAAAGACACAGGUUUCCUGUUACUAAGGAUACCCUCUCUGUCAUUGAACCCUUCAAACAGAUGCUUGUGGAGCGCAAAUCUCAGGUUGAGCAAGUCAGUCCUUGUUCAGAGGACAAGAGAAGAGAGAUGUUAUGUGUUAUUACUGAACUGUACCACAAAAUGAUUGAUUUGGAUCUCAAAUCACAAGCUCAUGAAAUGUACUUGAGCCACAGUCGGUGCAUUGACGAUGUCAAGGAAGAAAUGGAGGCUCAGAUCCCAAGGACCAAAGAUGAGAGCAUUAACAAAGAGGAACGCUACAGAGCCUGUCAGGUCCUUCUGAUCCAUAUCUCUUUAGUCAAAUUUUUGUGUGAGGAAACAGCGGAUGAACUGCAGGAAAUCACAGCAGAUCUAUAUCCAUCCCAGCUCUCUGCUGAACAAACAAGACUCCAACAAAUACUGGAUAGUCUCAAAACCUCAGAAAUGGCAUUGAGCAAUAAUCUUCAGAUAUUGGAAUGGGAUCUGCUAAAACCUAUUCAUUAUCCAUCAGAAAAAAGAGCAGUUCAGCAAUUCCUCAAAGACACCUACGAGGAGCUGGAAAAGCCUUGUAGUAUUGAACCAAAAGAGGCAGUGAUUGAAAAACAACUAAAAAACUGCCUUGUACUCAGAAAGAAUGUAGAAUCUAGAAUGCGAGUGCUUGAGUUUCUUGAAAAAAAGAUUGGAGCUCAACCUCCACAGGAUUCCAAACAGCUUACUUGCUUGAAGGAUAUGGUUUUGGAACAGUGUGAUCAACGAAUGGUGAGCCUAACUAAAGCUAAAGAACUCUUGAGGAACUACACCAAAGCAGUGACUGAUACCAUUCGGUUCCUCCAAAAAGCCACGUUGGCCCUCCUUCCCUCAAUCUGCUCUGCUAGAAGCUGCUCAGAAAGACUAAAAGAUGCACAGCAUGCUUUACUGACUCUUGACACAGAGUUCCAGUCACAUGUUUCACAGCUUCAAGCUCAAACCCCACAGCAUCCCUGCUUCAAGCCACAGAAGAUUGAAUUUCUACACACAGAGGUUCUAGGCGAGCUCCUGGUCAGGCUAUCAACCCUUAAGGCCCAGGCUCAAAUUAAUAUAGAAUCUUUGAAAAGGUGUGUUGAGUGCCAGAAACAUUCUCGUAAGUGCUAUGAAGAGCUUUGCCAGCAAGUGAGAGACUUAGAAACAUUGCUAUCACAGUGUGCUUCCAAGAAAAUGACUUCACACAAAGACUGCAAAGACCAGCAACAGAAACUAAAGGCUCUAGUGGAAGAGGUUGCCAUGCUUCCUGGAAAACUGGAGAAUCUGAAAGAGUGGUGUUCACUGUAUGGGUGCAGAGCCAACAGGGAGGAUGCCGUGAGUGCUCUCUGGGGUCAGGUGGCAAGACUGCAGCGCUGUGGCAGUGAUCUGCAGACACGCUCCGAACAAAUGGAAGCAGAGUGGAGCAGUGUCACAAGGAGUGUGGAGCAGGCAGCCACUGUGUUGGAGCAGGUGGAUGCAGAACUUCCAGAUAGCAGCAGAGAGAAUCUGACUGGUGAUGAGCUACAGGAACUACUGCUCUUCUGGUCCCAGUACCAGGACAGACUGGACUGUGAACACAGAGCUCUUUCUGCUUUGGAAUUAAGAGCUGCAAGGGUGCUUGGUGUUCCCCCACACCUGGAACAGGCCCCAUCCAUUGAGCUAUGCCAAGAGCUUCAAGCCUUGCAAGAGCGCUACCAUAGUCUAAAGGAACGGAGCUCUCAGGGUUUGAGGGCAGUAAGAACCGAGGUCGAGGAGAGGGAACGAGUGCAGGAGCAGCUGGAGGGAGUCAGAGAAUGGCUGGAAUCUGCAGUUUCUCUCCUUGCUGUACUGGAGCACGAGCCUAGCAAGAAGCAACUGCAGGAGGUUCACUCACAGCUGUGUACCCAGAAGGCCGUUCUGCAGCGUAUUUCGGAAAGCUUGAAGAUGAUGUACUCUGAAAAAAAUACAUCAGUUCCAGAGGAGAUAGAGGGACUAUUACAGGAAGUCUCAGAGUCAUUACAGGAAGUGGAGGAACAGGUGAAGACAGCUGUGGAGAAAAGUGGCCCACUUCACAGGCUGGGUGCUAAAAUCUCGGAGAUUAAAGCAGGUCUGGGAUCAGUUCAGAGCUGGUUAGAGCAGAAGAGCCUGAACUUCACUGAAGCCGAGAGCACACAGAAGCGAGUGUGGGAUGAGUUGGAUGGUUUACAUACUCGUCUGACAGCGGUCGAGGUGGAGUUACAGGAUCUGAGUGAAAUGCAUCCAGAUGAGACCCGUCUGUUAUUAGACAACCUGGCCAACACUCAGCAGACCCACACACGCCUCAACAAACAGGCCGAACAGAGGACCGCCUUCCUCAGCAAGGUCCGUGACUGGCUGCAGGAGCAUGAGGAGAUGGUGAAGGGGUCACAGAGCUGGAUCUCAGAAGCUCAGUCUUGGCUUACAACACCCUGCACAUACACCACUGCCAGAUGCCUGGACAGCCAUGUGAAUGCACUGCAGAUGGUUCUGGAUGAUUCUGCUCAGAUGAGGCGGACUCUGCAGGGUUUCGGCAGCGUGCUGACAGAGAUGGGAAGUGUGUUUGAUGUCAGUCCAUUAGAGGAGCAGCUCUCAAAUGCUGAUCGACGUGUGGCAGAUAUGCAGCACAACCUGCUGGGACCGCUCUCUCAGCUGGAGCAUGCAGCAGCAGAAGUGGAUGCCAUUGAGUCAGAGGUGAGCGUCAUGGAGAAAGAUGUGGCCAAAAUCAAAACCACUCUGACCACCAAAGAAGACAUCAGUCAGGACACUCUUAAGGCAACAGAAGAAAGGAUUGACCUAAUGAAAAGGACAGUCACUGAGAUUCAGAACUGUAAGGAUGGUCUGUGUCUUCCUGACAAAGCUGAAAACACACUCUUAGUGUUCAAAAAAGCAGAACUACUACAGAAACAACUGCUGGAACUGGAACAGCUGGCACUAGAAUACUCGAUUGAGGUACAGGAGACAUUUGUCCCACCCCUCAAUGCUCCGCCCCUCACUGCCCCAACCCUCAGUGUUCCACCCACAAUCACUGAGGAAGACACACAGGAGAGUGGUCAGAUUCAGAUUGUGCAUGUAGAGGAGGACAUCCUGAAAAAGUCAGGAGCAACGCUGAUGACGGUGGAGCAAUCCACACUGGAGCAGAGACUCACCUGGGUCUCUGAUAGAAGCAGCCACACCCUCACAGAAUCACAGCAGGAGUCUGAGGAAGAGGAGGAGCCCUGUAAGGAUCCAGGAGAUGUAGAAGAAGAUGCUUCUGAUGAAGACUAUGAAGAUUGCAUAAAAAAUGAGGAUGGAGAGGCAAGAGGAAGAUCACCAACCUCUCUGAAUUCUGAGGCUUCCUUCAGCAUAACUGUGGAGGACACAGCUUCUGCAGACGUGGUUUCUUCUACAGAACAGAUUGUGGAGCAGGCAGAAGCAGCUCAAGACUCAAAGGUAGAAGUAGAUACCUCUGUGGCCUCAGGAACAGGUGUGUCAGAAGCUUUAUCUGAAGCAGAUGCCACAGUGGAAAGCCAGUCUCUCCCUGCAGACAUGGAGCAGGGUGCAUGGAGGGGGGAACAGACGCCACACACCAAUGACAAACUCACACUGACACACAUGACACAGAAACAUUCAGAGUCACAAGCCCCACCCCCAGAAACAAAAGACAUCUUCACCUUACCUAAUAUCAUGAUCACCAAUGAAAAACUCAGUCAACAGGCUCACUUAGAGAAAACCACCUUUGUGCCUCAGAGCCUGAGCUCCACAAAACCCACCAAUACACCAUCAGCCAAAUCACCAGAGCUACAUUUACACACUCUGACACACACUCCAUCAAAUGCAAAAGACCGUAGAUUAGACAGCAGAAGCACACACGACACACACACACCAAUUACAGUCAAGCCCUGCCUGGAGAGGACAGAGCCAUUGGAUGCGAGUGCAUCUUUGGCCACAGGUGAAGCUGGGGGCUCGGGUGGAUGGCUACUCCAUGCCUGCCGUGAGAGGGCUGAGCAGCUGGAGCUGUGUCUGGAGAGAGCACAGGUCAGUCUAGAGGGGUCAAGACAGCAAGCACAGGACACAGCCAUGCAGCACUGCAUUGAACAACAACUUCACAACUGCCAGACAAUUCUUGUGGAGAUUGAACAGAGAAUCUCCAGUCUUCCUGUGUGUGGAUUGAAAGAACUGGAGCAACAUGAGGCUGAAUCACUCAACACCAAACUGCAGCUGCUGAAGAACAGACUGGUGAUAGUCCAGUUAGAGCUGCAAGAGAGACACGGCGAAGAUCAGGUGCAUGUUGAGAGUCAGCGCCCCCUGCAGGCCAGGUUAACGCGCAGCAACAGUGUGCAAGAGAUGUUGAGUUCUUCCAAAACCAAACUGUUCAGACAGAGCAGCCUUCAACAACAAAGGGAACUGGAGCAUGGAUUGAAUGAACAGAGGGAUCUAACUAAAGCUAUUGCAAUUCAAGGCAGCAGAGCCCAAACACAGAGCCAGAGCGCAGAUCAAUAUGAAGGCCCCUUACCAGAAAAUGAAGACAAAAGACAGGAAGUAGAGUUAGCAGUCCACAGGAAGUGGACACACCUCUGCAGCAGACUGACCAAGACAGCAGAGACAGAGCAAGGUGGAGAUAAAGAUCAGGAUCCAUCUGAGAUCCUCGCUCCAUCUGUGUGUUUGUGGAGCGGAGCUGCUGUUUCUUUCUGUCUCCAGGAGAUUCAAUCCAACAUCUCACAACUCAAAGAACUGCAAAACUCAGCAGUAGCAAAGGAUCAUCAGUCUCUGGAUGAAGGUUUAUUUGAGGUGUUGAGUGGAGUCGAUCUCACUCUCAACUCUCUCACACACACUCUUAGGUUUCAGCCAGCAACCUUAAACUCUGACUUAUUAAGCCAAUUAGAGCAGCUACAGGGUUUAUCUUCAGAGCUGAUCUCCUUGGGUGCCAUAUUGACCUCCCAUGGGUCAGAGGUCAUAAAGUUGUUAGGUUUGGAUUCAGCGAUAUCAGAGACCUCCACUUGUUUUGACCUGCUGAGGCAGUGUGUAUGUGACGUUCAAAAGACUCUGGCUGAUAAACAGGAGCAGCUACAGGAACGAUUAAAACACACGACUCAGCUGCAGAAGAGAGUGAAAGACCUGCAUGACUCAGUACUAACUAAUACGUCAGUCCUUCUCCCUACAACUAAUGGAGAAACCCACUGUGACCUUCAAACACAGCUGCAGGCCAUCACUGGAUGGAAACAGGAAGUGGAGCAGAGUGAGAGAAAGUUGGCAGAACUUAAAGAAGAGACAGAGAGUCGAGAUCAACCUUCGUCCCUCACACAGCAGAUCAGCACACUGGAGGCGGUAUUGGAGAGUGUUUGGAGUGAUCUAGAGCAACGCUGUGGAGUUGUGCAGUGGAGUCUAGAUGAGCAGAAGAUGAGUGAAAAAAUCCUGAAAGGUCUGCAGAUGCUUCUGAUGAUCGGAGGAGAGAAACUCGCCUGCACCUCUCAGCUGGAGCUCAGGAAUCCAGCACAAAUACAGACACACUUCAACACACACACGGCGUUUUUCCUGUCUCUGGGUGCCCACCUGAGGAGACUGCAGCAACUGAGUGUGCGGAUGCCAGACAGCGCCUCCUCUGGCUGGGAGACUGAAGUGUCUGAGGUUGAACGUCAAGUGUCCAGUGUCCUGCAGCAGGCUCAGGCUGUCGGUACAGUGCUGCACUUAGCGCUGCAGGUUUGCACUCACUGGGAUGAAAAUCAGUCCUGGUUAGAAAUGCUUCUGCAGAGAUUAGAGACUCAACUUCCCAUAACACCUCUGCAGGACCAAACGGAGGAGCAGCUCGACGAGAAUAUUUCUGUCUAUCAAAGUGUGCUGGCGGUUCUGGAGAAGAACAGAGCUCGGAUCAGUCUGGUUCUGGAUGAGGGCAGCAGACAGCAGGAGCAGAUUUCUAGUAGUGAGAUGGGUGUGUCUAUAUGCAUAGUGGGUGUGUCUACAUCAAAACUGGAACAGCGAUUGGCUGCACUUCAAAGGAGGGUGGAGCAAGGACUAUGCUCCACCCACCAUCUUAAAAAGCUUUGGAAAAGGUACCAAAGCGAUUCAGAAGCUCUGAAUGAGUGGAUGCGACAAGCCCGAGAGCGCCUUCAUUCAUGGAGAGAUCACAUGACCACAGCUGAACAGGAAGUGGACACCCUCUCCCAUUUUCAGCACUUCACAGAGUUCAUGAAGGAGCUAGAGGUGAAAUCGGCCCUGAAGGCAUCAUUGAUCAGUUCUGGAUCUUUGAUCCUGUUCCUCAAUGAAAGAGAGCAGAACAUUGAGACACAGAAGAUCAGCAGAAGCACCAGUGCUCCAAGAACCUCCACUCCCUCUGGAAAUACAACAACCCCUGAAGACCUACAGCCAAGUGAAACUAGCAACCGAACCUCCAUUGUCCUAGAUAACAACCCUGAAGACUCCUCAUCUAUAGAUGUCCCCUUACUUUCAGAAACCAAUGUUUCCUCUAUUCAAAACAUCUUCUCAGAAGAAAUUCUUUCUACCACGGAAGAAUCAGAUGGAAAGAUCACAAAUGAAGGUGUUAUCUUUGAGGAACCAACCUCAUCUCUAUUCGAUUUAGCUGUAAAACAAGAGAUGCUUCUGUCCCCAGUUCUUCUGACUCUACAGUCCCAGCUGUCUCAGGUGGAGCAAGACUGGGUGGAAAUACAGAAACAUAUUCCUGUCGUCCAACAGGAACUGCAUCAGAGUGUGGUGGAGAGCCUGUCUCCUGAGGGACUGCUGGCUGAUGUGUGUGGCUGGAUUACGGGUGCUGAGAGCAGGUUACAGGCAGCUGAACGAGAGGGUCACAACACCUGGACUGCUGCCGAGUUCACAAACCUGCUCAGAACAUAUCAGGGGAUGAAGAGAGAGAUGGCAUGUCAGCAGAUGUCUCUUGACUUUAUUAAUCAGUGUGAGCUGAAGCAGGCUGCUUUUGACUCUCACACAAGCAGGUACAAACACACUGCAUUUGCUGAAAACCUGGGACACGUCAAUCUGCGCUGGAAAACUCUACAAGAUCACCUGAACACACUGAUCCAACAUGCUGAAGAUGAGGUGAGGAUGCGUGUAGAGCAAGAUAACAAACUCCAAAUCCUACAGCACUGGGUCAAAGGUCAAAAACAAUGGAUGCAAUUGGCCGAAAGACCCAUCAGUCGCUCAUUUGCAGAGAGCAGUCUGAAGGAUUGUGAAGAGCUGGGGGAUAAGUUGAAGUCUAAAUUCUCAGAACUUGCUGAGCUGAGGAAGAGGAGACUUACCACUGAUGAAGAUGACAGGAAUAAAGACUUCCUCUCAAAAGCUCACAAUCUUUCACAAUCUUUGACUGACCUCUCUCAGCAGAGUACAGUCCUUGGGGAUUCAUUGAAAGAGCUGUGUAAGGUGUGGUCUCAGUUUGAAAGUGGGAGGAGUCGGGCAGUUUUAAACACAACGAGGAUCUGCCAAUCACUGGAGUACUGCCACGCCCCUCUGCCCUCCCUCUCUGCCCUCCAGAACAACAUUGAUAAGAUACAGGUCUUAAAAGCAGAGACAAACGAAAUUGACAGCCAGUGGGAGGAUCUUACCAAGACAACAACAAUUCUUAUUGGUGGAAUUAGCCCAGACUCUGCCCAGGUGUUAUCAGAGCACCUAGAAAAAGAAAAAGCAAGGUGGUCAGAGGUGAAGGAAAAGGUCAAACACACCUUUCAGAGGACACAAAGUCUUCUGAAAGUGUGGCAGAGAUACUCUGAUGUUAGUUGCUUAUGCUCAGAGCAGCUCCAACAUCUCAAAGAGCAGCUCAAGACACACACCAAAACACCUGCUGACAAUAAACAACUCACACACAGCAUGGCAGAGCUGAAGACUGUAUUACAGAAAUGCUCAGAGACUCUUCAGACUGAUUUGAAUGAAGUGCUUGAAGUAUCUAAGGAUCUGACUGAACAGAUGGAUGAUGAGGAUGCCGUUUUCAUCAGAUCAGAAUGCCGUUUGUUAACACGUGGUUACCUGCAGCUAGAACAGACUCUGAAAGGAAGAAUUGAACACAUGAAGGAGGAUUUUGAGCGAUUUCAAGAAUUUGAAAGGUUAUUCCAGUCCCUCGAAACACAAUUACAGCAGUGGGAAAGCAAGCAACGGAUGGACAGCAAACUUACAGAUAUAUCUCAGUCAGGUCUGAUAGAGGUCAGUUCUCUCUCUCCUGAUCUGGAUCUGAUGAACACUCUCAGCUACAGACUGACCCUCAGUGACCCUGUCACACAGAGGCUUCAGCACCUCAACAGGAAGUGGGCACAGGCCUCCGCACAUGCUCAGGAGAAAUGCAGUGAGUUGCAGGCAGCCUCUCUCCAGCAGCAGAGCUUUGAGCAGAGAUGUGAGAGCUGGCUGGCUUUCCUACAGCGCAUGGAGGACAGUUUGGCUGUCGAAAUCGCAUCAACUUACCCUGGACUGAGAGAACAACAACGCACGCACCAGUGUUUUCAGGCUGAGUUGUCUUUAGGCCAUCAGAUCCUUCACUCUGUGAUCAGUGAAUCUCUCCUCCUGUUGCAGAAGGGAGAUGUAGAGGACAGGAGUGACUUCCUGUUAAAACUGGCACAGCUGAGAGAGCACUGGCAGGGGGCGGUGCAGAGAGCAGCUCAACGGCGCUCUCUAGUGGAAGGGCUCAUACAGCACUGGCAGCUUUAUACACACACAAUGCAGAAACUCCGUAAACUCCUCACACUCACACACACACUCUUGUCGCCUGCUGGUCCCACACACUGUAGUGUCCUGCAGUUGCGCCUCUUGCUGGAAGAUCUGAAGCAAACAGAGCUGUUGUUUCAAAGGUCAGUCUCUGCAUAUCUGUGUGUGAUGGAGGUAGGCAGGCAGCUAUUCUCAGUGAGUGAAACACAGACGCAGAUGCAGCUGCAGACAGACCUGGCAGCCCUGCAGGAGGACUGGGAGCAGUGCCAGUGCAUGCUGGGAAAGAGAAAGACUCUCACGUCUGACAUCAUAAAGAAAUGGGAGACCUGUGAGACCAGACUAGCUGAUCAGGCGCAGCUCCUGGAUGAGGUACGAGUCAGACUGAAGCAGUCGAUCCCAGAUCAGCAGGAGGAGAUGGAAGAGGAACGCCUCCUUGUGAAGGAGGUUCAGGAUUGUUUAGAGGACUGGGCCGUCAGUCUUUCCGAGCUCAGCACCAUGAAGACGGACCUGUCCCAGUACAUCCUCACCGAUGACGUCCUCCUCCUGCAGGAGCAAGUGGACCAUCUGCACAGCCAGUGGGAAGAGCUCUGCCUCAAAGUGUCUCUUCGUAAGCAGGAGAUUGCUGAUCGACUGAAUGCCUGGAUCAUUUUCAAUGAGAAGAAUCGGGAGCUGUGUGAAUGGCUGACACAGAUGGAAAACAAGGUAGCACACAGUGCUGAGCUGAGCAUUGAGGAAAUGGUGGAGAAACUCAAGAAGGACUGUAUGGAGGAGAUCAACCUCUUUAGUGAGAAUAAGACACAUCUGAAACAGCUGGGAGAACAACUCAUCACUGCUAGCAACAAGACCAAAGAAACAGAAAUCAAUGACAAGAUCAAGGACAUCAACGACCGCUGGCAGCAUCUGUUUGAUCACAUCGAAGCCAGGGUGAGGAAGCUGAAGGAGACGCUGGUGACAGUGCAGCAGCUGGAUAAGAACAUGAAUAAUCUCCGUACCUGGCUUUCCCGCGUUGAGGGUGAACUGGCUAAACCCAUCAUUUACAGCAUCUGCCACUGUGAUGAGAUCCAGCGCAAACUAGCAGAACAUCAGGACUUGCAGAGAGACAUCGAACAGCAUACAGAGGGUGUAGCGUCAGUUUUGACCCUGUGUGAUGUUUUGCUGCAUGAUGCGGACGCUUGUGGCAGUGAUGGAGAGAACGACUCCAUUCAGCAGACUACGCUCAGCCUGGACCGCCGCUGGAGGAACAUAUGUGCCAUGUCUAUGGAGAGGAGAAUGAGGAUCGAGGAGACAUGGCGUCUGUGGUGCAAGUUCCUGGAUGACUACUCACGCUUUGAAGACUGGCUGAACACAGCAGAACGUACAGCGGCCAACCCUGCCACAAAAGAUGUUCUCUACACCUGUGCUAAAGAGGAACUCAAAAAAUUUGAGGCGUUCCAGCGCCAGGUCCAUGAGCGCCUGACACAGCUGGAGCUGGUGAACAAACAAUACCGACGUCUGGCACGAGAGAACCGGACAGACGGUGCCAGUAAGCUGAAGUUGAUGGUGCACGAGGGAAACCAGCGCUGGGAUACGUUACAGAAGAGAGUGGCCACUGUGCUCCGCAGGUUAAAGCACUUCACAUCUCAACGUGAAGACUUUGAAGGAACACGGGAGGGGAUUCUGGUCUGGCUGACUGAAAUGGACCUUCAGCUCACCAAUGUGGAGCAUUUUUCAGAGAGCGAUAUCCAUGAAAAGAUGCGUCAACUAAACGCUUUUCAGCAGGAGAUCACUCUAAACACAAAUAAGAUUGAUGCUCUGAUUGUAUUUGGAGAAAACCUGAUCCAGAAGAGUGCUCCGCUGGACGCCGUACUCAUUGAAGAUGAACUAGAGGAGCUGCACUCAUACUGCCAGGAAGUAUUUGGCAGAGUCGCCCGAUUCCACCACCGUCUUAUCAGCAGACGCCCAGUGCGUGAGGAGGACCGAGAGUUCUCCGACAGGGACACAGAUCGGCAGGACUCGGUUGAUUUCGGCGGGGUGUGGGAGAGGGAGGAGGAAGAGGAGGCUGCGAUGAGUUCUGAUGUUUCACUAACAGUACGCCAGGCCGUGUCCCAGCUGAUACCACCUGCUCUAGAGCGCUCAGGGCGUGAGACCCCCGUCAGUGUGGAUUCAAUCCCACUGGAGUGGGACCACACCGUAGAUGUGGGUGGAUCCUCAUCUCCAGAGGAUGACGAGGAGUUGACGUUUUACAGCGCCCUAUCAGAUGUAGAAGUCACUGAGAGCUCUCAGUCAUUUAUUAAAGCUACAUCUAAAGCUCUGAAGGCUGUGUCCGGGGGAAGGUCAGUGGUGGAGCCGUGGCACUCUCCUGAUUUGCCAGACAGGAAGCGAGUGAACAGAGAGAUCAUACGCAGUCUCACAUCUUCACCCACUGACCCCAGCGCCCACUACCACCCACAGGCCUAUGAUAAGCUCAUGUCUGAGUGUGCUGGCAGUAUAGACAGUAUAAAGCGAGUGAAACUGAUUCUGAGCGAGGAAGAACAACUGGAUGAUCAUGGUUUGACGGUGCUCUCUGCGGCUGAUAAGACAGGUGUGAUCGAGCGAUGGGAGCUCCUGCAGGUGCAGACGUACAGCGUGCCACAGGAUCUUCAGCAGUGGCACAAACUCACCUCUGACCUCAGUGAUGUCAUGGCAUGGCUGGACACUAUGAUGCCUGAACUAGAGAAGCUUCAAACUCUAGAGCCAAAAAUCACCAUCAGAGACAUGGAGAGCAAUAUCCACAAACUAAAGGACAUGCAGAGGACUUUUAACGGCUACAAAUCAGUGAUGAUUGGUGUUAAUCUUAGUGGGCGGGGCUUCCAACACGGAGACAGCACUGAACUACACGAACUGCGUGAAAAUCUGGAUACAGCCAAUCAGAAAUGGGCACAUGCCUGUGCGGCCCUGGACAGCUGGGAACACAGACUGCAUCAAGCACUCAUGGAGUGUCAGGAGUUUCACGAGACUCUUCACUCUCUGCUGCUGUGGUUAGCUAAAGCAGAAAGCCAGCGCUACAUGGUCAACAUCCAUGACCAAAACACAGACCUCAACAUCCUGCAAGAGCAUCGAGACACGCUCAAGGCUGUUCAGCAGGACUUACAGUCUCGUGAGAGGGAGGUGCACUGCCUGCAGGAGAUCUCCUCACAGAUCCUGCUACAGGACCAGGGAGAAGACACCCUGGAGGCCAAAGAGAAGGUUCAUGUCAUCAGCAACAAGUUACGACUGCUGAUCAGACAGAUUGCACACGAUCUGCACACGCUGCAAAGCAGACUGGACUCAGCUGGUCCAAAUGUGGGCAGGACAGCAUCACCACAACAGCAGGAAGCCGCAGAAGCUCAGGCUGUUACUCGGGGAUCUCCUGCGAGUGUCAGGGAUGACAAAUCUGAGUUGUCCCCAGCGAGGCCGUUCCUGUAUCGUGUCCUACGAGCGGCUUUCCCCCUCCACAUCCUCUUCCUGCUGCUGCUGGUUGUAGCGUGUCUGGUGCCUCUCUCAGAGGACGACUACAGCUGCACUCUUUCCAACAACUUUGCCCGAUCCUUUUACCCCAUGCUCCUCUACACCAACGGACCCCCACCCACAUGAGAACAACUACCCGUCCCCUUCACUAACACACAGCCACAGCUCAUUCUCUAGAGGGAAUGGGACGUAGUCCAAGCCUCUCGGUUUACUCUCCUGUAGCUGAUCCUGUAGCUCUGAUUAAUUUGAGUGAAAGUAGAUUCAGUAGAUUGUCCUGCAACAAUCAAACCUUGUUCCUGGAUCCAAGGACUGUUGCACAUAGAGAGUGAUUUAUUUUCUGAGGAAAGAGCCUUUCCUCAUGAUGUAUAUUUGUAUUUUUAGAGAACAGCAAGGACUCCUCAUCAAAGGUGCACUCAUUUUGUAAUUGUAUAGGAUGUAGCAGCAUAUUCAUUGAAACAUUGAAAUACUCCUUCACACAGAUGUAUUUAUUUUUGACGUAUAAAUGACAAAAUUGAACCCUAUAGGUUUAUGGGCUUUGAGUCGGCCUGUAUUGUUAAACUAGAAGUCCAAGUGAUUGGACUCGCUUGAAUAUCAGUUCAUAGUUUCUAGGAGUCAGUGUAAAAUAACUUUUAAUGAUGAAUAUAUUUUAUUUGUAGCUCUUUUAGCUGCCAUUUUAUUGGUCAAAGCCAUGAAGGAGAGGCAUUAGGGUGUGUGCAAAAUGUAUGUUUAAUUUAUUCAGCCUAAAGUUUGGUGGCUGUUUGGUGUUGUUUUCAUGUGUGUGUGAAUAUUGUAAAACUACUGAAAUUCUUUAAUUAUAAUUGGUAACUGUUCUCAGUGGAGAUAAUAAAUUAUAUCUGAUUAUGUUUUAUAGUUUAUAGCUAGAAUUCUUCAGCCAGGGAAAUCUGGUACCCUGAUGUGUUUGUGUCUGGUGUGUUUUUAGAAACACAUUUCAAAAGUAUCCACAUGACUGCAUGUGGCUUUUAUUUUAUUUUUAACCUACAGAGAGUCUGGUGAAAGCCCAUUAGUCGCUCUUUUACUCAUACUAACUGCCAAAGUGUCAGAGACUUGGUUUUAUAAUUCAUCACAGUUAUUUAAAGAGUGCUGUUCGUUUUGUUGUUUGGUGUUUUUAAUUGAAUUGUUAUAGUAUAGAUGAAAUUAUGGGUCAAUUAAAAUAGACUAUGAUAUAAGUAUCCAUUAAUCACAGAAAACAUACACUUUAUGACGAAUUUAUUUUGCAGCAAACCUUGCACUGCCAAUGUCAAACACUGGUUGAAGACGAUAUAAAGAUGUUUGUGGUUUCAGUUUUCCUACAAAUAAACAUUGUACAAAUA